AUUUUCAUGAAAAAAAAUGUCUCCAGCGCAGUGAAAGAAAAUUCGAAAUUUGAUUGAAAAUGCUGCGUUGGAUGUGAUUUACCGUUCGCUUAUCAAUUUCUAUCUACAUUUAUUUUAAUUGUUGUAAUCGUUUGUCGUUAUUGUACAUUGAAAAUCUGGAAUUUAUAGUGUAAAAACGUUACCGUACUUUGAAUUAUUAAAGGUGAUUCAUUCAUGAUUUCAUGAUUUUACACACCUACUUGAAACUUUGAAUCAUUCCGUAGUUUCGUCUAUAAACGAAAGAAUGUCAAAUAGAGUGGUAAAUCAACGUCCAAAUGGACAAGCUCAAGCGAAAAUUUGCCAGUUCAAGCUUGUACUGUUAGGUGAAUCAGCAGUUGGAAAAUCUAGUCUCGUUUUACGUUUUGUUAAAGGUCAAUUUCACGAAUUUCAAGAAAGUACCAUAGGAGCCGCUUUUCUCACGCAAACUGUAUGCCUGGAUGACACCACGGUUAAAUUCGAAAUAUGGGAUACUGCUGGUCAAGAAAGAUAUCAUAGUUUAGCUCCUAUGUACUACAGAAAUGCGCAAGCAGCGAUCGUCGUAUACGACAUCACGAAACAAGACACAUUCGGACGAGCAAAAACCUGGGUUAAAGAACUCCAAAGGCAGGCAUCUCCCGAUAUCGUUAUAGCACUCGCUGGUAAUAAGACAGAUUUAGCUAAUAAAAGAAGUGUAGAAUACGAAGAAGCGCAACAAUACGCCGAAGAAAAUGCGUUAUUAUUUAUGGAAACGUCAGCCAAAAGUGCGAUGAACGUCAACGAUAUAUUCUUGGCUAUAGCCAAAAGGUUACCUAAAAAUAAUGGUAACGCUAGUAGUGGAACAAAUAGACAAAGUCAUCGCCUAGGAGAAACAGAAGGCUCAUCCAGAAUGCCGACUGGCUGUUGUAAAUGAAAUGAAUAUACCAUAAUGCAUUUAUUUCCUUAGCUUAUACGGAUUGCAGUAGCGACAACAGCAACAGCAGCAGCAGUAUUAUUAAAACAAAACAAAAGAAUGGCGUGUCGUUAAAGUACCAACACGAAAAAUUGCAUCAAGCAACGCCGACAACCAAAUAUCACUUUUUAUCCGCGAGUAAUAAAGUUACUAGAAACAUACAUUCGUACUAAGCUUCUGGGAUAUUUUCUUUCAUAUAUAAAAAUACUUAUAUUAUGCAGCGGCAUUUAUUUUGUGUAAAAAAUUCCACUCGCGCACAGGUCCCGGAAAUUUAAUUUGGGCGCGGAUUUAUUCAAACAUGUUUAUAAUCGAUAAUACAUAUAAUUUCGCUAUUACCAUUAGUAUAAUAUACAGGUUUAUGUAUUGAAAUGGAUUCGCGUUCUGGUGUGUACAUUCGUUUUCAUUAUUAUUAUUUUAAUAUUACUAUUAUUACGAAUUAAUAUAAAAAAUUAUGUUAUUUAUUUAUUUUUAUAAUAUUAUUAUUGUAUUAUUAGCAUCGAUUCUUUUUUUAAAUUAAUUCUGUGAAUUAUAUAACAUCACCCUUUUUAUUGUGCAGUAUCAUGAAUGUUGACAAACUAUACGUAUAUCUCGGUUGAUUCUACUAUUAUUCUAUUCUUCUUCGUUUUUUUUUAAAUGGCUACUCGAGCAUUUGCAUGCAAAAAUUUAAUGAAAGUUUUUACAGUUUUGUAUAUUUUAUUUGAAAAUCAGUGUAAGUAAAUUUUAUACUUUGAAACUCUUUAAUUUAUUUUCGAAUGCUGACAUCUGCGUAUUAGUGGUCAUCUUCUGUUCGAAGUAUUUAUCAUUGUGCGGGUGGUAAUAUUAUUGUUUUGUUGAAUUUGCAACUGUUUUAUAGAUACCUAUUUUUUACUUUUAUUAUUUCUUUUCCUUUUUUUAAAAAAAAAUCUGUCGUAGGUGGAAAUGAUAUGAAUAUCUCUGAAUAAAAAUUACUUUUGUUUAUCAUUUUUUUUUCAAUGUACUUUUUCAUAUGCUCGGAUAAAUACGUGUAAUGUAAAGUGAUCAUUUCCUCCCGUAGUUCUAGAAUUUGAAUCGAAACAUUUUAAAAUCAUGUAGGUAGGUCUAUUUUUUCAUGUUCGUGUUAUUGAGAAGUGAAGUGUUAAUGGAACGAUAUCAUAAGCUUUAAUGGAGGUUUAUUCGUAAAAAAAAAGUAAUUUAAUUAUAACGCAUUAUAGACUAUUUUGUGUGAUUGUAAAUAUAAUGGCCCCAGUUUUUCCUUAUUCAAUGCUUAAAUUUUACCUCUUGUAAUAUGUAGGUACUUCGUAGGAAAUAUUUGGAAAAUGUUCAACCAGCAAACAGUUUUGUAACACGGAUCGCUUUAUUAAAUUUUAAAUUUAAAAAUCUGAUAUGCCCUCAAAGUUCGAAUCGAUCAACGAAACCGUUUUGAUUUUUCAUUACGCCAUCGUUGCUGAUAAUUUUUUUUUUUUUACUUUACCGCCUACAUCCAAUACGUGUGUAAAUCGAGAAAAUUUUGUAAUAAAGAAUUCAUUUUAUAUAA